UCCUCUUCCAUCACUUUUAUAUCUUAUUAGCUAUAUCUUCAUUGUUUGUUUUUGUGUUAUGUUUAGUGGGAUCAAACAGUGAGAAUGAAGAUGUCUGUAAUCUUGAAGAACCGCUUCUGGAUCACGUUGAUUUAAGUUCGAAUAGUAAGGCUAAUGUCAGAUGUUGUGAUACUGUCACUCCUUAUGAGAAUGCUAGUCUUUUUAGUACACUCACUUUCUCUUGGCUGAGUCCUUUACUUACUUUGGCUGCUGAGAAAACCACUUUAGACCUUGAUGAUAUCCCUCAACUUGGCACUGCUAAUAGUGUUUUUAGAGCAUUUCCGAAAUUCAAAACUAGGUUACAUAAGUCAUUGUCACUAGAUAAUCUUGAUAACAACAUUGGUACUACUACUAGUAGUCGCAUUGCAACUACUGAGUUCGGCCUUGCAAAGGUGUUCUUCUUGUCAGCUUGGAAAGAAAUUCUUUGGACAGGUUUCUUGGCGAUAAUGUACACAAUAGCUUGUUAUGUUGCUCCGUACCUCAUUGAUAAUUUUAUAACAUGCCUUAAUGGGAAGGAGGAAUUCAAAAAUCAAGGUUACAUCCUCGCUUUCACCUUUUGUGCUGCAAAUUUUCUUGAUGUUUUCAUAUGGAGACACUAUAUAUUUGUGAUGCAACAAGUUGGAAUUAGGUUUCGCGGAGUGACCACUGUGAUGAUCUACAACAAAUGUUUGAACCUUCCCUAUCGAUCAUCAUAUGAGGUGGAAGACGAGCAAUCUAGUCGUGGUACUGCAGGGGAACUUAUCAAUGUAGUGGCUUCUGAUGUUGAGUCAAUCAAGGAUUACAUUGUGUACAUGCAUGAUACAUGGUUAAUCUUUUUGCAGAUUGGUUUAGCCUUGCUUAUAUUAUACAAUAAGUUGGGACUUCUUGCAUCGGUUGGUGCUUUGUUUGUUACAGUAAGUUUUAUGCUUUUAAACUCUGUAUUUAUCAGAUGGCAAGAGAAGUUUCAGAAAAAAUUAAUGGAAUCUAAGGAUGAUAGAAUGAAGAUGACUAUGGAGACUUUAAGGAAUAUGAGAGUUUUAAGGUUCCAAGGAUGGGAGACGAAUUUUUUGUCCAAGAUUCUUCAGCUUAGGACACUGGAGACACAAUGGUUGAAGAAAUAUCUGUAUAGUUCAGCAAUAAUGAAUUUUUUCUAUGGCAUAGGUCCAAAUUUAGUGGCUUUGGCUACUUUUAGUUCUUGUAUAUAUAUAGGAAUCCCGCUUAACACAGGAAAAAUUUUAUCUGCACUUGCAACCUUUAGGGUUCUUCGAGAACCAAUUAACCUCCUCCCAGAAACAAUUUCUUUGCUAAUCCAAGCCAAGGUUUCCCUGGGAAGAAUUACCUCUUUUCUUUCUCUUGAGGAGCUCAGAGAAGAUAGAUUACAGGAGCUAACCUCAGGUAGUUCAGAUGCAUCAGUUGAGAUUGUUGAUGGAAAUUUUACUUGGGAAGAUAUAUCUUCACCGCCCACUUCAACAUUAAAAGACAUAAACUUGAGAGUGUCUCAUGGUAUGAAGGUCGGCAUUUGUGGUAGUGUUGGUUCAGGCAAGUCUAGCUUACUUUCUUGCAUUCUGGGUGAAAUGCCUAAGAUUUCUGGGAUGAUCAAGUUGUGUGGGACAAAGGCAUAUGUUGCACAGUCACCCUGGAUACAGAGUGGUACGGUUCAAGAUAACAUAUUGUUUAGCAAGCAGAUGGAUCGGGAAAGGUAUGAUCAGAUACUCGAAGCUUGUUGUCUAAAGAAGGACUUGGAGAUUCUCUCAUAUGGUGAUCAAACUGUUAUUGGUGAGAGAGGUAUCAACUUAAGUGGCGGACAAAAGCAAAGAGUACAAAUUGCUCGUGCUCUCUACCAUAAUGUCGAUAUCUUUCUCUUUGAUGAUCCUUUUAGUGCUGUCGAUGUUCAUACAGGCUCUCAUUUAUAUAAGGAAGUUUUGCUUGAUCUUCUGAGGGAAAAGACUGUUAUCUAUGUUACUCAUCAAGUUGACUUUUUGAAGGCUGCUGAUCUUGUUGUGGUCAUGAAAGAUGGAAGAAUAGCACAAGUUGGGAAGUAUGAUGACAUUCUCGUUCCAGGGUCAGAUUUUGCACAACUUGUAGGUGCUCAGAAUGCAGCUAUGCCAACAUCUACACUCGAUUCAACCACGCCUACACGUGCCAUUGAAACUGGUGAUACUACUAUGAGCAGCGUCAGUAACGGUGUUGUAAAUGCUGAAGCAGAUGAUGAUGAUGAUGAUGACGGAGAUGCUAAAUUAGCACCACCUGCAAUAUCACAGCUAGUAAAAGAAGAAGAAAGAGAAAAAGGCAGCGUCGAGUUUUUAGUUUACUGGGAAUACAUCACAACUACAUAUGGAGGAGUUCUGGUUCUUCUCACAUUUCUGGCCUUAAUACUCUUAGAAAUUCUUCAAAUAGGAAGCAAUUAUUGGUUGGCAUCAGCAAUUCCUGGAGCAAAAUCUGAUGAUAAACAUGUUGUCAAUGGAUUUGAACUGAUGAUUGUUUAUGUAUGCUUGGCUAUCGGUAUAUGUAUCUGCACCAUUGUUGUAGACAUGCUGGUUCUAACUACAGGGUACAAAACUGCUACCUUGCUCUUCACAAAAAUGCUUCAGAGUAUUUUUCGUGCUCCUAUGUCGUUUUAUGAAGCUACACCUACUGGAAGAAUUCUCAACAGGUGCUCAACAGAUCAGAGUGUUGUGGAGAUGCGAAUACCAUGGCUACUAAAGGGCCUUAUCUCUCAAUCCAUUCAAGUUCUGGGAAUCGUUGCUGUGAUGUCUAUGGUGACAUCGCAAGUUUUGCUCAUUUUCAUCCCCUUGAUAUUUGCCUCCAUCUGGUAUCAGCAAUCCUAUAUGCAGUUAUCAAGAGAACUAUCACGAUUGAGUCGCAUAUGCGAAGCUCCAGUCAUUCAAUUUUUCUCUGAAACAAUUUCGGGCAUAACAACAAUUAGGAGCUUUGAUCAAGAAUCAAGAUUCCAGCUAACAUAUAUGAAAAUAGUAGAUGCAUAUUCUCGCCCUGAUUUCCAUCUUGCUGCUGUAAUGAAAUGGCUAAUGUUGCGACUAGAUGCAUUCUCUUGCAUUACAUUAGCCUUCCUUUUGGUUCUCUCCCUCUACUUUGCAGAUAGAAUAAAUCCUGAAAUUGCAGGCUUAGCUGUGACAUAUGGGCUCACCUUAAACAGUCGCCUACCAAAUGCAAUAUGGUCCUUAUGCCAUUGGCAAACUAAAAUGAUAUCAGUGGAGAGAAUCCUUCAGUUCCUGUCCAUUCCUAGUGAGGCUCCUCUUAUUAUAGAAGAAAACAGACCGGAUUGUUCUUGGCCAUCACACGGGGAAAUCAGAGUUCAGAAUUUAAAGGUCCGUUAUGCUCCACAUUUGCCACUCGUGCUACAUGGUGUGACAUGUACAUUUCCGGGAGCGAUGAAAACAGGCAUUGUUGGGAGAACAGGCAGCGGUAAAUCGACUCUAAUACAAGCACUUUUCCGGAUUGUUGAACCUACAGCUGGUCAGAUUGUGAUUGAUGGUAUUGAUAUCUCGUCCAUUGGACUCGAAGAUUUGAGGUCAAGACUCAGCAUCAUCCCUCAGGAUCCAACCAUGUUUCAGGGAACACUCCGAAGCAAUUUAGACCCGCUUGAGCAAUACACCGAUGAACAAAUAUGGGAUACUCUGGAUAAGUGUCAACUUGGAGAUCAAGUCCGGAAGAUGGAAAGAAAGUUAGAUUCUAAUGUUCAUGAAAACGGAGAGAACUGGAGCAUGGGUCAGAAACAACUAGUUUGUCUUGGGCGCGUACUACUCAAGAAAAGCAAGGUGUUGAUCCUUGAUGAAGCAACGGCCUCCGUUGACACAACAACAGAUAAUCUUAUCCAAAUAACUCUUAAACGACACUUUCAUGGUUGUACACUAAUCACAAUUGCACAUCGCAUGACUUCUGUUCUUGACAGCGACAUGGUGUUGCUGCUCAGUCAUGGGGUCGUCCAGGAGUAUGAUUCUCCUACGACAUUGUUACAAAAUAAGUCAUCCUCAUUCUCCCAACUUGUAGCAGCGUGUACGAAGAGGUCCUCAUAUUCAAAUACCUCUAAUACUAAAUGAUCAGGUCAUAGUCUUGCUAAGUAUGCUUAAAUGCACUAUGUCAUAGCAACUUCGCAUCCAUUUUUGUUAAUUCAUAGGUUAAAAUGAUUUCCUUUUCACAAUUUUCAAUUUGGUACUAUAUUUCCUUUUCACAAUUUUCAAUUUGGUACUAUAUUGAUCGACUGAUUGUAGAAUCUUUAUACCUCAUUUAGGUGGUGCACUUUGAAUAGCUUAAGUUAUAAUGGCCUCAUAAAUCAAAAGUGUAAAUCAUGCUCUUUGCAUUCCAGGAUACCAGCGAAGCCUUAGCUAAAAGUUCUAUGAGAGCUAGCUUGUGGGCCUAUUCUUUCGCUAAUUUAUUGUAGAAGUAGUUGUGAUAGGAGAGUUAUGAUAGGAGAUAGUUGGAAUUUGUUAUUUUGUAGGUAGAUGAUGCGUCUAAGUUAUUCGCCGAUCUUAGGCGAAUUUUAGGUUGUUUUGUGUGCCGGUUUGGGCUUAGAGUCGGGUUUUUGGUUUGGUUUGGCAUCAGUGAGUUUAUCCAGUCUUGUCGUGAGUUUUGGUGUUUUUACUGCAGUUUUGUGUUAUGGCAUCUUCCGAGGCACUUUUGCGUUCCGGAGACUUACUUUCAUAGCUCCAAGGCAUUCAUGCAUCCGAUCUUCCUAGCUGCGAUUCAUUCGAAGCUUACGAGCACCCCAGCGUCAAAGUCUUCCGAGUUUCGAGUUCAAGGCAUCCAAACAUCUUUGGUGUGCGUGGCGUCCAAGCAUAUUAGAAGCGUCCCCAAGUCCCCUUUCAUGGCAUUUCUUCCCUUUCCCCUCCUUAGUUUUGUUGCUUUGUAGUUUGGUGGGCAGUAAGAUCAUCGCGGGACGCGGUCAGUGUCGCGGGCCGUGAUGCCUUGCCGUCGCGGGUCGCGACCCCAGCUAUAACCGCCCACUUGCGUUUUGUUUUCCUUAUGGAGGAUUUAGUUAUUUCUCUCUCAUCGACAUAUUGUAAGCGAGAGCAAGGGUUAGAACACUUUAUCUACUUACUUUUCUAGGGUUUCAAACACUCUUUUCCUUAGUGAUUUGUAAUGUUUAGUAUGUGGAUUCUAGCUGAAACAUCUUCUUGGAAUCGAUUGAUUGAAGCUUUUAACCAUUGAUAUGUGAGAACU